AUGCCCUUUGGGCCCACCGUCCUCCACCCACUGACCCUCCCGGCCCUGCUCGACUACCUUCUCAGCACCCAGGCUGCCGCCUUCUCCCCUACCACCCUCGUCGUCUGCUCCGACCAACCCGCCUUUCUCGACGACCUCGCACGUUCCUCGGCGCACCAGCAAGCUCCAACGGAUCAGGACGGCAGUCUCCAGCAACUGCUCACCCCCACGCUCCACAAUCUCUCCGCGACUCAACAUGUCAAACUGGCUUUCUGCCCCUCGGUCCAGGCAUUGCUUGCCUACCUGACCGCAUACGAUCGACCCGCCCAUGUCCACGCCGAGGAGAGCGCGGGGAGGGACAGGCUGGUACUCGUGAACCCUCUGGCUUUGCACAAAUCAACGCCCUCCUUCUCCGCACAGGGUCUGUCGAGGACCUUUGCAGCGGCUGUGGAAGCGGCCCUGAGGACUGGCGCCAUGCUGCUCCUCGUCGAGUGUGAGCGCAGACGAGACGGUCGCGCUGACCGUGUAGCCGAGGACGCGCCUGUGCCAGGUGGCGAGGAGGAGAAUCCUGCCGCGGCCGAGCAACAGCCCCCAUGGGACCAGGACGUCUCCCUCCUGAACCUCUCGGCACGCAGGUUCGGUUCGGGCGCAGGGGAGCGCGCAUGGACCGGCCGGACAGUCAAGGCGAAAAGCAUCGCCGCGAGAUGGUUCCACUUCCAGCAUCUUGCUGGCCGCACAAAGGAAGAGCCUGAAUGA